AUGUUCAUCGAUCCAUCGACUUCUUCUGCUCCAUUUGCUUCGCUAAGGAGAGUAAGUGCUUAUGAAAAUGAAGAAGAAAUUCUAUUCUCUAUGCACACUGUAUUUCGAAUUGUUGACAUCAAACAAUUAGAAGACUUGGUGUGGCAAGUAGAUCUCGUAUUGACCGCUGAUAAUGAUGAAGAACUUAAAGAACUAACUGAACACAUACGAAAAGAAACACGGGAAUUAACACCAUGGAAUCGACUGGGUCAAAUACUAUUUCGCAUGGGAAAUUUCAAUGAGGCGGAAGGACUCUAUCGGGCACUGUGCGAAAGAACAUCAGAUGACAAUGAAACCGAGCUUUCAGAAUAUUAUUAUUGGCUUGGAAGAAUCAAAAAUGCUCAAGGAGAGUAUACAGAGGCACUGCAUUUCUGUGAACAGUCACUUGAACUCAGACAAAACUGCGUGCCAUUGAAUCACUUAGCUUUGGCUGCCACGUACAGCAGUACUGCUUCCGUGUAUAGCAACAUAGGAGAAUACUCGAAAGCACUCAAGUUAUCUGAAAAGUCGCUUGAAAUUCGACAAAAAUUGCUGCCAUCAAAUCAUCCAGAUUUGGCCGGCUCUUACAACGCCCUAGCUUCUGUAUAUGAUAAAAUGGGAGAGUACUCGAAAUCACUCGAAUUAUAUCAGAUGUCACUUGAAAUUAGACAAAAAUGUUUGCCACCGAAUCAUCCAGAUUUGGCUGCCUAUUACAACAAUAUUGCUUCCGUAUAUCAGAGCAUGGGAGAGUACUCGAAAGCAUCCGAGUUAUUCGACAAGUCACUUGAAAUUCAAGAAAAAACUCUGCCACCAGAUCAUCCAGAUCCGAGUACUUUCAGUUUUACACAUUGA